AUGGAUGCGCCAUCGCCGGACACCGUGCAGCUUAGCGUCGAGCUUCCUUCGUAUCUCUACUCGUUUACGGUCGACGCACCGUUGAACGGAUCCGUUGCGGAUGUAAAGGCCUUGGUCCAUCAGAGAUGCGCAGGGAAUCCGAGUGUAGAGGGGCAGCGCAUCAUCUGGAGAGGAAGGGCUCUUGCAAACGCAGAGAAAGUCGAGGAUCUCUGGAAGUCACCCGACUCUUCACGGUCUGUCCUCCUGGCCGUCCAUCCGUCUGGCUGGACGACUACACCGCCCGACAUUCCCUCAGCUCCUGGAACAAGUUCAAUGGGUGCGCCGGCGCCCGACGUGCCUGCGUCUAUACACCCGUUAUCCGCCCGACCGCCCUAUUCCACACCGUCCCCUACACCCACCCAUACGACUCCGUCACCGACGCCCCCUAUGCCGAAUAACCGCAAGCGAGAGGACGAAAUGAUACCAUACGUCGCCUACCUGCACAGGAACGCUCUGCUGACACUUGCGGGUAGCCGUAGACAGUCCCCGAUCUCUGACGAGUGGAUCGCACAAAGUAGAAAGAAGUCGAUAGACACGCUGACUCGGUGGGGAUACGAAUGGCCAACACAAUUGGAUGAGGAGUAUCCCCCUGCUGGAGAGAAGGAUGCGGGGCAGGCAAUUUACGAAGUCACUGAAACCGACGGGCGCCAGUAUCUUAAACUCCUGCAGCCUCACGCGAGGCCUACACCCACACAGAUUCAUGCCUUGAAGAUCCUAACGUACACUUUCCCGGUUAUGGUACAUUGCGCCCAGCGUCGACCCGACCCGACCCCUACUCACACCGUCGAACGCUCUGCUAACGGUACGGUCGUUCGCAUCCCCUUACAACGUGAUCAGAUCCACCUUCCACCCAACAUCAACGACCUCCUCCAACAGCUCGGCUUCCCUCGCGUCCAAUUGCCCGCUGGCGCCAAUCAACGAGUUGCAGUCAAUCACGUCAACGUCAACGUGAAUGCGCAAAAUGAGGGCGGGGCCAUUGCUGACCUCCCGUUCAGACGCUUGAUCGUUCCGCUCUCGAUGCUCCUCCUACGAACGGUUUUGCUAUUGUAUUUUGUCGCGCCGAUCAGGAAACCGGUCUUCGCAGCGUUGGUAAUCAUGUGGGUGACAUACGAGGGUUGGCAGGCAAUACGGAACUGGUUUGGACAACUGGGGAGGCCGGCUGGUCAACAACCGGGCGCUGGCGCUGCUGCUGCUCAAGAAGGUAACAACGCAGUUCCAGUUCAGGGCAAUCAAGGAAACGCUCCACAACCUGCUCCUCACGGCCGCCCUGGCGCCGCUGCUCCCCGUGGUCAAGCUACUCUCGAACAACAAGUUACCGCUGCUUUCAACACUCUGUCGACGAUGAACAUUCAGACUGAGGAUUAUUUCCUGAAUAUUCCAGCCGACCGCAUGCCUAUCCAACGGAUAUCUUUCCUCACCAAACUCACUACGUUCAUUAUUCUGUUCUUUACGACACUUCAUCCUGCGGCGUGGAAUAGGCGACGUGUGGCGCUUCGACAACGCGAAGGCCGGAUACGCACGGAGGCUGUCAUCCGAAAUUCUGAGGAGCGCGAGGUCGAAGGGGGUGAUGAAGGGGACGACAAUGGGGAGCGUCAGAGGCGGUCGGUCGAAUAUAAAGCCUUCAACGAGCGAAGACAAGCACUGAUUGACGCGCACGCACGGAAGCCAAAGUGGAUAAAGGAAUAUAUUGAGAGGGUGCUGGCGGGCGAAUGGGUCGACGACGCUGAUUAG